CUUUAGAACAAAGCACAAGCUGGCCAAAUCCGAAUAGAGUCCACACACAGAAAAGCCUCAGAAUCUCCACAUUUGCUGUGCAAUUAAUCAAAGAACACAGCCGCUCGUUAUAUCUCAAACAGUUAAUUUUUUUUUUGAGUGCACAUUUUAUUGUUUUACUUUUGUGAUACGCGAAAACGUAGUCGGGAUACCCACAACUCAACCAAAAUCAAAACGAAGCAGCUGCGAUAACAUUUUCAGAGGCAAACAAACCAACAAAUUGCUCCACUUGCUCCCAUCAGUGCAAUGUCCUCUGGAAAGAUUCUACCACGUCGCCAGGCGGUGCCCGUGCUCUAUACACGCGGCACCCACUAUGAGGUUGGCUUCGAUAUGGGCCGCACGUUUGGCUCGAUGAUUAAGAACUUUUUGCUCUUAUCGAAGACACUGAUCGAGACCUACUUGCCCCUCUAUCAGACCCCAAAAGGCAAGCAAAUCUAUAAUGAGACCCUGGAGUCGGUGAAGGAUAGUUUCCCCCAGUACAUACGAGAGCUGGAGGGCGUUGCCGAUGGUGCGGAGGUGGAAUUCCAUAAGCUGUUUCUGCUGCAUUUGGAUGACAUCUUGCCACAGGCCUUGAAGUUACAGCCGCGCAGCAAGAACCAACCCACUGGCUGCUCCACAAUUAUUGUGAACCAAAAGAAUUGCCGACUGUUGGGUCACACGGAGGAUGCCCUAACGGAGGCACUCAAUCAUUAUUACUUUGUUGUGGCGCACAUCAUCAGCGACAAGCCGCAGGGCAAAUAUAAUGUCAAGGAGGAGCACUUUAUGUCCCUAUGCUAUGCGGGCCAUCUGCCCGGCUAUACCAUGAAUCAGAAUCAUCACGGACUGGUCUUCAGCGUCAAUACGAUUAGUGCGGAGCUGUUGCGCAGUGGCAAGACACCGAGACAUUUUUUGACACGUGCUCUGCUGGCCACCAGCAACGUGGACGAUGCCUUCAGGGUGCUCAGGGACGCCGGUGUGGGUGCAGCCGAUGCCUGCUCCAUUAACUUUACCUUCUUGGCCGAUCCGCGGCAGAUGUUCUACAAUGUGGAGAUGGCGCCAUCGCCAGAGCGUAAGAAUGAGUCGCUUUUGAGCAUCAAGGAGAUACCCUUGGGCGAGCAUAACUACCAUGUGAAUCAAUUCGAUCGCAUACACGAGGACCAGGCCAACGCUAUGAUGGUCGACUCCAGCGUAUCGCGCAUGCAGACCUUUGGCACCUACAAGCCGCCAAUGAGCGAACAGGAUGUCCGUCACAUGCUGGGCGACGUCUCCGGUGGCGAGUAUUGCGUGUGGCGGGAGAAUGGCAGCUGUGAUGAGGUGGUCAAGACCAUUGCCGUUGGCAUUUUUGAUCUCAGCGCCAAGACCAUGUCCCUCUACUCGGACAAUCCCAGUGAGACGGAGCCUCACUGCAGGCUGCCGCUGCUCUUCAAGUAGCCUUCAAAUCAUUAUUAACUGGCGGUACUUAGUUUUAAAAUUACAAAAAAGCAGCCCAUAAAUAAAGAGUCUUUAAAAGGGCGACUGUAACACUGUGGCAAAAACA